CUGUCGGGCCCGCGCACUCUUGGCAAAGUUUCAGUGCGACGAGAGGCGCCGGGCGCUCCAUGGCCGCGCCGUAACGGGGACCCAGCCGCCUCCCCGCCCAGCCCGGCCCAGCCCUUCCGCCCGCCCAGGAUGGAGGCGCCCGCCAGCGCGCAGACCCCGCACCCGCACGAGCCCAUCAGCUUCGGCAUAGACCAGAUCCUCAACAGCCCCGACCAGGACAGCGCGCCCGCCCCGCGGGGCCCCGACGGCGCCAGCUACCUGGGAGGGCCCCCCGGGGGCCGCCCGGGAGCCGCAUACCCGUCUCUGCCCGCCUCCUUUGCCAGCCUCGGCGCGCCCUUCGAGGACGCGGGAUCUUACAGUGUCAACCUGAGCCUAGCGCCCGCCGGCGUGAUCCGGGUGCCCGCGCACAGGCCGCUGCCCGGGGCCGUGCCGCCGCCUCUGCCGAGCGCGCUGCCCGCCAUGCCCUCCGUGCCCACGGUCUCCAGCCUGGGCGGCCUCAAUUUCCCCUGGAUGGAGAGCAGCCGCCGCUUCGUGAAAGACCGCUUCACAGCGGCAGCCGCUCUCACGCCCUUCACCGUGACCCGGCGCAUCGGCCACCCCUACCAGAACCGGACGCCGCCCAAGCGUAAGAAGCCGCGCACGUCCUUUUCCCGGGUGCAGAUCUGCGAGCUGGAAAAGCGCUUCCACCGCCAGAAGUACCUGGCCUCGGCCGAGAGGGCGGCGCUAGCCAAGUCGCUCAAAAUGACGGAUGCGCAGGUCAAGACCUGGUUCCAAAACCGGAGGACCAAGUGGCGAAUCCACAAUGGAGACGCUGGACAUCAAAUGUUUAUGAGACAAAAUGGUUGUGCUCCACGUGCAAAGUAAGAGAAAGACUUAGCUAAGCAGCUCUAGACCAUGGGCGCCCGGGGAAACCUUUUCAUCUCAAUUAUUGGAGUGCUUCAGAAGGUAUUUUUACUCUGAACGAUUCAGAUAAUUAUCUCAAUCUUUGACUUUGUUUUGACUAGCUUUGCAGACCGAUUGGAGUUCAGGAAGGAUCUCAGUUACUUCAACUAAUAUUCUUUCACAUUCAUACUGCCAAGUCCCGAGAUUUUUUCUGUUUUGUUUUUCAAUGGCUUUUCUCAAAUACAGCCAACAUUAUCAUGUAUGCUGUUUUCUCCCUUUUCAAAAGGUAGGAUCUGGAAGAAUGGAGGUAAAGUGAUGUGCAGGCCUUGGUGUGUGUGUUUCUGUGUUUGCUCCUGCACUGUGGACAGCCUGUGUCAAAUAUUUGAUGCAGAAAGAGAGCUAAUUUUUCUCUCUUAUUUUCAGUGUAUUAUCUUCUGUGAGUUCUAAAUAAUUGAUAAGGAGGUCCCUUUCAUAAUUAAAAUGGAUGUCCCUACAUGUCAACACUGAUAGCUUAUCCGGUAACGGGUGAAUGUAGAGCCACGUUGAGUACAGGCUGUAUUUAUUACUCACCCUGCAUGGGCUGCAAUGCAGAGCGCUGGGUCGGGGGACACAAGGCUGAUUUCAGUGGCGAUGACAAGAGAACAAAAAGGACAGAAGCCUAGGAGAUGACUUGGGGAGAAGACCCUGCCUGGCCCCAGGGCCCACAUGGGACCACUUGGUGACUGAGGCACAAAAAGGCAACAUAGGGAAGGAGGCCUGAGGACACGGUGCCAUGUGGAAUCUGCUGAGUUUUCUCUUUCUUUUCUUCCAGCCCCUAAUGCCUUUCCAGUCACCUUCUUAAUGACAUCUCCCGGUUGCCCCCUUCCUUCAUGAAAACCUGCUGCGAGGCGAGAGGUGUCAGGUGGAACCCUCCCGGCUGUAGUUAACUUCUCGCAAGAAUUGGAGUUGAUUCAUUCACCUUUGGAUCCCACAAGCACCUCCUCAUCCCUGUCCUGUGCCCUGCACCGUGGCUGGUGCUCGAGCCACUACAGUGAAAAGCCCGGGGUCACCGCAGCACUAGUUACGAACCAACCCAAGUGUCCAGCAACAGAUGAUCGCAUAAAGAAAAUAUUCGGCCACAAAAAUGAAGGAAACCCUGCCGUUUGUGACAACAUGACAAACGUGAAGGACAUGAUGCUAAUUGAAAUAAACCAGACACAGAAUG